UCGCCUAGGAACGGACACCAAUCCAGAACAAGCGAGGAGCCUGUUCCCUGUUCCCUGUUCCCUGUUCCUCUUCCCGCCCCACCUCCUCUCACUUCUCCGUGUAAUUAUUACUGGUCCAUGUAAGUAAUGUUAACGCGGGCAUUGCUGUUUGUUUCCUUCCCGUACUGCGCCGGCGGCAGCAGCCGCUGCAGCUGCAUGCUCUUCUCCCGAUCUCUGCUGUCCUCGGCAUCGCCCCUCCCUCUGCUCUGCUCUGCUCUGCUCGGCUCGGCUCCAUCUGCAUCCUUCACUGGCAUGCUCCAGGGAUCAGCAACAUCCCCUUGUAUCUUCUGAUGGAUUCCACCUUUUUCAUUAAUACUUGCAACUCCCCUCGCCCACUGCAGGACCUUCUCCAGCACCACCAAAAGAUGGUCAGGAAACGCCUCGCCUCCGAGCUCAACCUCCAACCCGAGUCCUCCUCUCGCCUCCCUCGCCGUUUACUCCCCAACCCAGACCCUAACCUUCUCCUCAAUCCGCCCCCCGUCGACACAGGUCUACACAUCACUUUGCCGUCUUUGCCAGCUCCGCCUUCGUCUGGUACUCUCCCUCUUUGCGGCUUCUCUGGUCUGCCUCUCUUCGCUCCAGAGGCCGACCGAGCUACUCUACCUGCUUCCGGCACCGAUGCUUCGGUCCAACUCCUCGGCGUCGAUGAUUCCGCGGCCGAAGCGGAUUGGGUGGAUCGUAUCAUUCACGAUAUACUUAAUAGCUUCACUUCCGGCGGCGAGGUCUCCGUUCCACAUAUUUUGAGCAACGUACGCGAGAUCGUGCAACCUUGCAACCCUGUCUUGGCUGCGCUCCUCGAGUUCCGCCUCCGCUCGCUCACCUCCGACCUGUCUCCUCCUCCUACGUUCUCUCUCCACACAGGAGGCGAAACCAAGACGCCAGCACUCCCGGAAACAGUUUCUUUAAUUCCUUCUGCACCAUCACAAUCUCAUCCGUCCCAACCACAACGCGUCCAGCAAAACUCCGCCUCUGCUUCCUCCGACGAGGCGACUCCAUCGGCCACAACGGUUGUGAAAGAGAAAAGGGAUCGUGAACUGCACCAGAGAAAGCGGGAUGCGGAGGGACUGCAACUGCUGACGCUUCUUCUGCAGUGCGCGGAAGCGGUGGGCGCCGACAAACUCGACGAGGCCAACGUUCUUCUGCUGGAGAUCUCCGAGCUGUCGACUCCCUACGGCACGUCGGCGCAGCGAGUGGCGGCCUACUUCUCCGAGGCCAUGUCUGCGCGGCUGGUGAGCACAUGCCUUGGCCUCUAUGUGCCGCUCCCGGCGGUACCGUUCCGUCACCGUCUCGCCUCCGCUUUCCAGGUCUUCAACGGCAUCAGUCCCUUCGUCAAGUUCUCUCACUUCACGGCCAACCAGGCCAUCCAGGAGGCGUUCGAGCACGAAGACCAUGUGCACAUCAUCGACUUCGACAUCAUGCAGGGCUUGCAGUGGCCGGGCCUCUUCCACAUCCUCGCCUAUCGCCCUGGCAGCUCGCCUCGAGUGCGCCUCACGGGAGUAGGCUCCUCCAUGGACGCGCUCGAGGCCACCGGAAAGCGCCUCUCCGAUUUCGCCGACACACUCGGUCUUACCUUCGAGUUUGUACCCGUGGCCGAAAAAAUCGGUAACCUCGACCCCGAGCGCCUCGGCGUCUCCCCUAGCGAGGCCGUCGCCGUGCACUGGCUCCACCACUCGCUCUACGAUGUCACUGGCUCCGACAAUAACACCCUUUCGCUCCUCCAGAGCUUGGCGCCGAAGGUGGUGACGAUGGUCGAGCAGGACCUCAGCCAGGGGGGCUCGUUCCUGGCCCGCUUCGUGGAGGCCAUCCACUACUACUCGGCGCUCUUCGACUCGCUGGGCGCCAGCUACGGCGAGGACAGCCAGGAGCGGCACAUCGUGGAGCAGCAGCUCCUGUCCCGCGAGAUCCGCAACGUGCUGGCCGUUUGCGGCCCGGCGCGCUCUGGCGAGGUCAAGUUCAGCAACUGGCGGGAGAAGCUGAGUCAGGCGGGCUUCUGCGGCGUGUCGCUGGCCGGCAAUGCCGCGGCGCAGGCCAACCUUCUCCUCGGCAUGUUCCCCUCCGACGGCUAUACGCUAGUGGAGGAGAAUGGCACGCUGAAGCUGGGGUGGAAGGACCUCUGCUUGCUGACCGCCUCUGCGUGGAGGCCGCUGAGCCGGUAUGGACACCUCCACCAACACCACCCUGUGGCUGCCCCUACCACCAUCACCACUCCCACCCUGGUAGGUAGUUAGGAAGAGAAGAAGAUGUGCAACUAUAUAAGAUCAUCCUUGACUCUGUAAGACAAUUCCUGUUACUUCUUUUGGUAACGAUUUGAGAGACAAAAAAAAUUAAGGAAAACUUCUCCCUCUUUUCCUUUUCCUCAUAAA